CAUCUGGCGUUGGUCUCUGAUCCGACUUACCUGGGAAAGAGCCCGGCCUAUUAAAAUAUGAAAGACUGGACAAGGCAGGUAAGGUAAUUGCACUUAUCAAUGAUGCAUUGAAUGAAAGAUUGAACUCUGCUCCACUAUUUACAGUCGCCUGUAGAGAAACCUGACCGCCUGUUCAUACAAAACACAACCGUAGGUCAAAUUUCUCGGUCUGGCUGUACACAAAUAUUAUUAAGGUAUUUGCAGUAAAUCAGUUUGAACUUGAAUCAAGAAAAGAGAUUGUUAUAAAUAAGAAUAGGGCCAUGUUAAUGUUAAUGUACCGUACAUGUGAAUCUAAUUACACCUACUCCGAAUAAAUUAAAGUCAGCCAAAGAUCAUAAUUAAUAAAAUUUCCAUAAAGUUAUUCAAAGCUACGAAUUAUCAUAGCUGGACUAUUUUAAUUUUCAUUCACAAUCACUCCAUAUAUUAAUCUUGACCCGAGCAUGCUCACCGUUACUGCAGAGGACCGUAACUUCAACAAUAGCAAUUAUACAAUCAAGAAUUCCGUACGAAAAAUGGUAAUUUUGGUAAAAUAUCAUAAGAGUCAUAUAUGUAACAGUAACACGCGAAGGAACCAUAGGAAUGUUGGUUGAAUGUGCGUAUCAUUUUUAAGACUGGUCAAAAUGUUUAGGGAAAUGUAUUCAUGACAUUGAUACCUGCACCUGUAGCAAGGUAUGCGCGACGCGGUUUUUAUUACGCGAAAAAUUAUGAUUGUCCCGUUUUACGUCCAUAUUGAAAACCGAAACAGCGAUAGUUUUUUCGCGCAAUAAAAACGGCGUCGCGCGUGCCUUGCUACGGGGGCUGGUUUAUGUAUAAAAUAGGUUUGAUAGAUUUAAGCAUUUUUUAUUAGGUAUUAGAUAUUUAUAUCAACUUCAGAUUUCUUGAUAUUUCGCUUUACUUUCUUUUCAUAUCGGAAGAAGGAGGAAAGUAGGUACCUAGUUAAUUAAUUUUAAGUAUUAUAAGUAAAGUACAAUAUAUCGAACUAAUAUCAUAAUUAUGUAAAAAUGCAUCAUAGAUAACAUUCAUCCGUUCAUCAGUUUAGAUUCGGAUGUUACCAUUGUACCUAGAGUGAUUAUAAUUUUCCGCCGAUGAGUUCUGCACCUUACUAGAGUGAUGCACGCAAUCGCCGGCAGACUUCACACGGGGCGGGCCCAUCAUACUUCCCGCACGCCGCGAAAACACCGACGCAAUUGCGGUAACGACUCCAAAUCGAGUAGUUAUGUACCUUAAACCGCAAAACAUUACAAUUGUCACAUGAAAUUCAAUUGAUGCGCGGCAUUUCGGCGCUUUCUCGAUCCAAUAUCGUUGGAGACAAGCCGGUUAAGAUUUGAGUUACAUUAAUCGGUAUUAAAAUCGAUAAGGACAAAUUGAAAUCGAGUUUCUUUGGUUCGUGGUAGUGUACUUUUGGUUCAAUGUGCCUGUGAAGUUUUAGACAUUCGGCUUUUACUCAGUUUGGAUUUAUAGCGUGAUGAACCCGUGAACAGCGCCACGCCUUCCGUUCAGUACCAAAAAUAAUGGACGAAAGGCAUAAGAAAAAAGAAAAAAUGACGCCCACAGGUUAAAAUUGAAAUAAGAACAGAUGAAUGCACGACUUGGUUUGAUAAUCUUCCAAAAGAUGGCACUAGCAUUGCUGUUGAUUAUGGUGACGAGCGCUUUUAGCGCUUCGACUAAUGUCGGAGAGAUGGCGCUAGCUAACGUUACGCGGCUUGCUUCAGGCGAUAUUUUUUCGCUUGUUGGCACAGAUUGCGGACCGACGCGCUGCAUGGAGGUGUCGCACGGCACCGCCCUAGCAGCGAUGGGCGGCGACGGGUGCACGUGCAAGUGCCGACGGGAAACCCCCGCUUUUAGGGAGGACCAGCGGAUUUGUAUCAACCGGGUGGAUGAAUGUUCUAUGGCUACGUUCGGGCGCGGCGCAACAAAACCACAAAUUCCCUUUGUUUUUCUUCCUCUAAAGGGACAGAUUGUGUAUCCUUCUAAAGAAAUAAUAUUUACAGAAGUAAAAGACGCGGUAUGCGGCGUGGUCAGCGCCCAGUACUUGUCCCCGUCGGGAUGGGUGACCCUGAGGGAUGUGAUCGACAACGACGUGCCCUUCAGCGUGUACCGUGAUGAGGGCAGCACCUUCUUGCAGUGGCGUGGGUCAUCAGCUCUCCACAGCAGACUAGAAGGUCGCUUGAUCGUCGCUCACGUGCUGUGUUCCACUCCAGAGCAGCAAGUUGCUUCCUCCUGCGCUGCUUUUCGGAUAGCUGGCGCGUCACACAGCUCCUUGCUAGAUGUUCGCUCGAUUCCUUUUCAUGCCGGGGAAACAGUUACUCCAGAACCAACUCAGAGCCAAGGUCUAAGCGUGCUGGAAUCUUUGGCAAUCGGAGUAUGCGCUCUAAUGUUGAUAUUUAUAUACGCGGCAGGAAUUAUCUUCUACGUACACUAUAAACAGAGACAGAAGCGCAGAGAAAAAGAUCCUGAGGGCGGCAACUCUAUGGAUAAUGGAUCUAUGGAUUCUAGAAUUGAUAAUAUGGAUAAUGUGCAGCUCAAGACUAAUCCAUUAUUGAGCAUGGGAAAUAUAAAUUCAGGCUUCUGUCAUGACUCAGGCUUAUCUGAUGUCAGCGAGCGUACCGAAGAAACUCUCGACUCGUCACCAAAAAAUUCACAAAAGUUUCAGAAACCAAACUCAAAGGUCAUAGCAGCAAUGGUUCAUAACCGUCGGAAGAAACCAACGAGACCUUCAAUAAAAGCGUCAACAACUCCUGAGAGAAUCACUGAAAGACUUCAACGGCGAUCUGCUUCCCCUGAUACCUUAGAAAGGGCACCACACUCAGACCUGUCGAUAGUGGAUUGUAGCUUAGAAGGCAAUUCAGUCGCAAGACAACCAUUCCAGUCGUCUAACGGUGAGCCGGCGUUGCGGAAGAAGCUUUAUUUCAAUCCACUCUUCUUUGAAACUGAACAUUUGAAGAAUCCUCCACCAGCAGCCAUUGAAUUUUUGAUGAAAAUAAGAGAAGUGAUGUCUAUAGCCAAAGAUAAAAUGACUUCGAAAAGGUUCAUUCCUAUGUUAUCAGAUAUUCCUGAAGAGGACCUUUACCAUUCCAUAGAUCUUGGCUGGGAUAUACCUUGUGCUCGCCGUGGUCGAAGAUUUAGUGCAAUAAGCUUGAAACAAGAGAACAGUAGGAGAGCUAUUCAUUGCGGUGGAUGUCCUGGAUGUGACAGUAACGUUAAAAACAAAGCUAUUUCAUUAACAAGAUCAAAUUCAUGUAAAACGUGUGUUAGUGACGAUUAUAAACAGAAAAUUGUUAGAAAAUGGCUAGAUGAGGUGCCAUCUCCUACGUCCUCAAUAAAACCUCUAAAAUCUGUAGCUAAAGUAAGUGGAACUCCAAGAAUUUUGGAUACAAUACAGAAGAAUGAAAUUCGAACUUGUUCUGAAGAACGUGUAAGAAAUGAAAAAAAGAGCCCAACCACACCAGAAACUAAACCAAAACAACGAGAUGAACAAAAAGAAGAAAAAGGUGAAAUAAAAGGAAUGAAUGAUUCUAAAAAAGCAGAUAUUACAAAACACAACAUUACUACAAAUUCUGAAAAUAAUAUUAAGUCAGAUGUUAACUCUCCCAUAACUUCUACAAAAAUACAUGAUAAGAAAAGUCCAUCGAAUCAUAUAUCCAGACGUAUCAGAAAAAAAUUACCUCCGCCUCCACCACCUCCAGUUGAUCCACCAGAGACUAUGAAAGAAGACGAAGAAGUACCAAUUCUUCCUGAAGUCAAACUUAAAAUGGAGGCAGUAAUUAGAGAACUCAAUAAAUGUCGUCGAACUGAACCGAAAGAGCUUAAAGAACCACAAAUGGAAUCUGUCACACCAAUCGCGCCCAAAAUCGUUAUACCAGUUGUUGCAGCAGAUUCUCAUUAUUAUAGUGAUGACAACAUGCUUACUGAUAAACGUAAAAAAGAACAAUUUAUUCGUAAAGACAUUGAAAUAGACAGUUUAGACAGAAGUAUGAUCCAAAAACAACGCAGAUUUUCUUUGGCAUGUGGCCCGGAAUUAAAUCACCGAAAUUUAGUUGAAUUUCAGCAAAAUUUGCCCGUGGCUCGUGGCAGACUCACAAGUAGUUGGCGAGAUUUAAAGAAAGAAAUAAAUGAUUAUCAUGAUCCUAUAGAAAUAUUGCAACCACGUUUCCAGAAUCGUAGUGAGAUAUUAAUAAACAGCAAUGAACCGAUAUACGAUAAUAUAUCAAGCCUGGGACCAUUAACUAUAAAAGUCAGUGGCUCUCCCAUAGAAAAUAGACGUAAUAAAGAGUAUGAAGAUUUUGAUCCUGAUACUCUUGAUAGAAAGCCAAAACGCGAAGCUAACAAGCGAGUAGAGAAAAUUCUUUUAAAGUCUGGUGGCAGUUUUAAGUUUAAAGUAACAGCUCCAAAUGAAAAUGACAACCAACUCUCUUCUACUACAGCUAUGCAGAGCCCUCCAGAAGAAAUCUUUAAUAGGAAAAUUGGUAGUCUGAGACAAAUAUAUGAAAUGAAGACAAAGGCACAAAAUAAUGAAUUGAAAUUGUAUAAUAGGCGUGGUAGUUUACCUUACAAUCAUGAUGUUGCAAGUUUUGUAAAGUCUUUAAAGACUCCAGACUUAAUACGACAACUUGAGAGUCCAAGAGAUCCCAAACCACCCAUACCACCAAAACAACGAAGAGGUUCUGAAUCAUCACCCAAAUUCUCCCAUUCAUUUAGAGAUAGUCCAUCGGGCGAAAGACGGCGUACUUCGGAAGAAAGAGAUCGUUUUCCUUCAUACGCAAGAGCAGAAAACAUAAAUGCACGUCGGUCAGGCAGACGAUCUGCUCGAACCAGGUCUAGAAGAACUGAUUUGAGAAAACUGUAUCGAACUGAAGAUUCUGGAUACAUGAGUACAGAUUCAAAUGAAUCUAAACGAAGAGCUAAGUACUUGAUGCAAUUGAGGCCCAAAAUUAUUCCGGAGCCAGUUUCAGUUACAAGGUCAAUAAUACGAACACCAAUAUUACCAAUGGAAUCAGACACAGAUGAUUUGGAAUCAAUCUGCGACGGACGAAGUGAAUCAGGCGGCGAGAGUGUUGAAACGGAUUCAGUGUUUUUUGGAAACUUUGAUGAUACAAAGGAAAUGUUUGCUGAAUUAGGCCUAGGUUACGAAUUGCACAGAAAGAUCACUCAAGGCCAUGAACAGAUCGAUUCAGGAUUUAUGGGCGAGACAAACAUAAUUCUAAGUGGCGAUAGCGACUCGGAACAUAGGAGCGUUAUCUCCAUUAUAACUGGGCGAGAUGGCCGCGCGUCUGCAGCGUCCAUUACCAAAUUAGAUGAUCCGCCAUAUAUUCAUUCCGUCGAAUGUUAAAAUAUAGUAGUUAUUUAAUGAUAAUUUGUAAAUACAUGACAUGACUGCCAAAUUGUUGAGAUUGCCAUUGAAAAGUUGUAUAGAUUUUACAAUCCUGUUAUUACUAAAGCUUUGUAAUUUUUUAUUCAAAUUGCUCAAUACUUAACUCUUAUAUGAUUUUCUAUAGUUAAAUUAAA